CCCAGCUCACCAGUUCAGUGUCGCCUCUCCCAAGUACAAUGGACACAGCAUGUGUCUACCUCAGUUUAAAGCCAUCCAAGACUGCCGCGGGGGCUCAGUGUGUAUCACCUCCAUCUCUUCCCCCAGAUGCCUGUCGGUGCCCACAUUCACACAGGUUGGCUCUGAAGCUCAGCUGCGCUGGGCUGAUCCUUCUUGUCUUGACCCUGGUUGGGAUGAGUAUUUUAGUGCGAGUCUUAGUUCAAAAACCAUCAGUGGAACCAUGCCGAGUGCUUAUUCAAGAGAACCUUAGUAAAACAGAUAAUUCUUGUGCUAAGUUACAGUGCCCAAAGGACUGGCUUUCACGCCAAGAUAAAUGCUUUCAUGUUUCUCAAACUUCCAACUCUUGGAAGGGAAGUCUAGCUGACUGUGGUGGAAAAGGAGCCACAUUGCUGCUCGUUCAAGACCAAGAAGAACUGAGAUUCCUACGGAACUCGAUAAAGGGAAAAGGCAGCUCAUUUUGGAUUGGAUUAAGUUAUACAUUGCCAGACAGGAACUGGAAGUGGAUAAAUGGCUCGACUUUAAAUCCUGAUGUAUUAAGCAUCACUGGUGACACUGAAAAGGAAAGCUGUGCCUCCAUCUCACAGGGCAAAGUGCUUUCCGAGAGCUGUGCUUCAGACAAUUAUUGGGUCUGCCAAAAGGAACUAAAACAAGAAAGCACGUGCAAUGACUCCUGACUGCGAACCGUACCUCGAUUACUUUACCAUCCACACCAGAUCUCUGCACCUGACCUGUCUCUGCUGCCUGCUUCCCCAUGCAGCAGUGGCA